CCUACAAGAAAUUUUGGAGAACAAUUUUUCGAGAUCUUUUGCUUCGAUUAAUAAAGAAAGAUAUGCAAACCAGAAAUUCAAAAUAUUCGGAAAUUGGGUGCAAGUAUAGAUGCUUCAUAUACAUCGCAUAAAAGUUAACAUUCCAUAAAUACUAUAUUUUGGUAUAGCCCAUUCACUCUUGACAUAACAAAAAUAAUUAUGAUGAAGGAAAAUGACUUGAUAGAAUUAUCUGAAUUCAAGACAAGUAAAUGGUGGAUUUCGAAAUUAUAGAAUGUGAUCUAUGUUUCAAAAUAUUGAUAGCUUGCAAUAUAUAUUCUCUUAUAUUUAUUAAUAUUCCUUAAGGAAAAGAAAAAAGACGAUACAAGAUUAUAAAGUACAAGAUGAGAAUAAAAUAUAUGUAGUUAUAUUAUAAAAUAUCAUAGGAAUUCACUCUAAUAUCUCAUAUAAAUAUACAGUUUUUCCAUAAUACAAUAUUCUUAUUUUAUUAAAAUUAUAGGUAAAUUUAUAGGUCUUCUGACACAAUAUUUUUAAAAUACUUUGAAAAAAUAAAUAACGAUAUUAUUGGUAUACUAAUACUGCAUUAUCAAGAAAAAUACAUAAAUUAUAUUUCAAUAUAAAAAGAUUUUUAAAAAUUUUCCAUGAACCAUUUUAUAACUUCAACUUUUCUUACAAUAUUGGAAGAGUUUUUGUACUAAAAACAAACUGAUUAAAUAUAUAUAAAUAUAUAUAUAUACUAUAUAUAUAUAUAUAUAUAUAUAUAUAUAUAGUAUUUAUUUGUAUCAUAUUAAUGAUAAAGUGAUCUUUUUUUGGUAUCUUGCUCAUCAAAAUAUAUGCAAUAUUCAUCUGUCAUAUGAAAUAUUCUUUCUUUCGACAGAUUAUUUUUAGAAGUAGGGUUUAUGACCAGUUUGCUACUGUUUCAUUUGUAUUUAUUAUUACUUUUAUCAUAAUAAUAUAAAUAUUAAUCAGUAAAAAAUAUAUGCAAAUGUCUAGAUAGUACACAUGAUUUUUAUGAAUGUUCAAUGAACAUUCUUUUACAAUAUUAAGAACAUUUGUAAUACAUAAGAAUAUUCAUAGAAUAUUGUAUGCCAUCUGGGUGUACCUAAAAUUAUUAGAAUAAAUGAACGUAUUAUGAUACUAAUGUAAAGAGAUAAAAACGUCAUAGAAAAAUUAUUAAACUAAAACGUUUUUCGUAGCAGAUAAGAAGUAUAUAAAUAUAUUUAAAAGAAACUAAUAUAUUUAAAUAUAUGUAAGGAAACUAUAUUUAAAACUUACUAGUUUGUUUAAUUUUUCUAUUUUCCAUAUACUAAGGUUUAUAGACAAUACUAUUUUUAUCAUCUAUGUAUAAUGCAUAUACAUUGCAAUAAUUAAAAUUAAUAGCAUUUAUAUAAAUAGUAAAGAACUUAUCUGUCUAUUAAUACAUUAUUCUAAUAACUUUCGUUGAUAAUUCUAAAUUUUUGAACGGUUCGAUUAAUCUGCUCCCUGCUGUGUUGAAUGCAGCUAAAAUACAAUUUAAACAUAACAAUGAGUGAAAAGAAUAUGGAAAUAUCUAUAAAAGAUGUUGGUGUGUCAAAUGAAUUUUCAAUAAAAAUACGAAUUGAUUCAUUGAUCAAAGAGUUUUUCGAUGAGAAUAUUAUUGACAAGAAAUCUCGAAAGCAAUUAUAUUCUUGGAGAUCUCAAGAUACUAAACUAUCUGUUAGUAAUUGGUCAAAAAAUGCAACCUAUAAUGAUUUACAAAAAAAAAUAAAAUUUUUGAAACAAUCUAUCUUACAAUAUAUUAAAACUGAUCAAAUUUACAAACAAAAAUUAAAAAAUUUAGAACUGUUAAGAACGCAGAAAGAACAAAAGGAUUGGGACGAUAUUACAUGUAUAAUUGCAUUAUAUGAUAAAAACUUUUCCUUUGGACAAUUGGGAUACUCCACUCAGAAUCUAACAAAAGAUAUCAAGGAUUGUUGCCAAAAGUAUACAACAUUAUCUAAGGAAGUUAGAAAUAUGAAAGAUGAAUUGAAUGAAUUUACAAUGCAGUACAAUAUGGAUUGGAUAAAUUCUAAUUCCAAUUUCAUGAAUUUAUCUAAUGUAAUUAAUAGUAUAAAAAAUAGAAAUAUUGCUUCACUAAGUGCUACUAGAUCAGCAGAGGAUACAUUACAAGAAUUACGAAAUAAAUUAAAACAAACUGAGAUAGUCUUGCAAGAUCGCAAAAAGAUAAAAGAGAAUGAAUUUUUUCGAAAUAUUUCGUAAGAAAGGUGGGAUAUAUAUAUUUACGCAAACUUACCUCCUGUCGGUAAAUAGAAAAUCUAUUAAUAAUUUUUGAUGACACUAACAAUUAUCCACAUAUUAUUUUAAUGUUAUCUGCCGACAAUAAUUUAUUACAAAAAAUAUAAUUUAUUAUAAGAAUUAAUAUUAAAUAUAACUAAAU